AUGAAAUGUCUUGGCAUUCUCGCUUCGUCAAAUCCCCCACCCAAAUUACUAGCCGAGUCAGACCAGCGCGCAAUAAUCGGCCUAUCGCUGAGGCCUGUGGAAUUGCCUAAUUGGGUAAUUGUGAAGCUGACUUUUGGUGUUUUGCAGAUAGUUUUCGCGAGCUCUGUAGACGCUCCUCCAGCCAAAUCUACGCGUUCGAGUAGCUGUGGCAAAGCACCUCCUAAAGCACCUACCCGGGCACCAAAGAAGGCACAGAAGGCUUAUCCUAAGGCUUGUAAGCAAGCAGCAGCAGCAGCUGCUGCUGCUGCCAAACAGCGUUUGAAGAACUCAGUUGCCUUUGUAGAAGCUCCUCCUUCGCCUCUAGCUUCUAUCGUCGAAUUGCCGUCGUCUCCGCCACCUGUUCCGCGACCUGUUCCGCGACCUGCUCUGUUACCUGCCCUGCCACCUGCUCUGCCACCUGCUCUGCCACCUGCUCUGCCACCUGCUCUGCCACCUGCUCGAGCUUCGUCGCCCGUUGAACCUGAGCAGCCACAGUAUGAGAUCAAUAUACAAUAUUCGCUUCACGUCAACACAGUAAGGAGGCCUGGGGAUGUAGAGAGCACCGAGCGAUGCUUCCUCCUCCUAUUGUUAAUGGAGGAUAAGGUGAUGGCGUUGAUCAACAACCCAGCAUCUACAAUUGAUGGACGGGAGUACACCUGGCAGAGUCGCGUUGUUUAG